AUGGAAUUGGUGGUUCGAUUCUUUUUAUUGAUUGGUGGUUUUCUAUACUAUCAGAAGAAGAGUCCACAAUGGUCUCUCUGCAUCAACUCUGUCACUGUUUAUUCAAAUCAUUUCUUAUUUUGUCCAAUUAAAUUUUUAAAAAUGAAUGCAAUCAUUGCUGUGUGUCAUUUCUGUGAGCUUCACGGUCCUCGGAUUGUGUUCUGUACACAACCAUUUCACCCACAGGAACCUCGUACUGUAGAUGAUGAUGAUGCCUUAUCUGAUGUCAGUUCUGGACACAUGCACUGUCGAUCCAAAACUGCACAUCGUGGAUCUUUUUCCUCCACAGACAGUGCUGCUGUAACUAGUAUGAAAACAGAUCUAUGCGAGGGUUGUUAUUCAGUAAAGACAGGAUUUGUGAGCCAUGACGAUGAAGGUCCCAUCAGUUAUGUGAGUAGUCAACACCCACACCACCCAAAGGUUUUCAGCAUGGUCCGACAGGCUUGUUUGCGCAGUCUCAGCUGUGAGGUUUGUCCUGGCCGUGAAGGUCCAAUAUUUUUUGGAGACAAGCAACAGGGCAAUGUUCUCAGCUACACAUUUUAUAUCCAGGAUAAUCAAGCUCGAGGGUUUAAACGUUGGUACAGUAUCAUCAUUGUCAUGAUGGAUAAAGUCUACUUAUUAAACUCCUGGUCAUUUCUUGUGCCCAACCUUCAAUUAGUCAUCAAACAGUUACAGACAAAAGCAGAAAAGGUCUAUACAGAGGAGCAAGCUCGAUGCCCACAGAAAGGUUAUAGGGAUAGUAUCUAUCCAGCUAAUUUCCGAUUCCAGCGUGGUGGUAAUAAACCUGCAAGGUCACUGAAAGAGCUAACAGAUGAAAAACACAUUUUUAAAAUGUUACAUAUGUAUUUUGUAUGGAUUUUGAAAGCCUGUGUAAAUCGGACAACAGAAACAUCUCUGGAAGCCCCACCAACAGAAGAUGCCAUUUUAGACACAGAAAGACUUGAAGAAACAGAAGAAGGUUUUAUCAAAUUAUACAUGCGAAAGUCAAGCCCCGAUCUAGAAAAUGCAGAAAUGGAAUCUUCUGAGCCAAACCCAAAUAUUCCAAUGUUUCACAACUUGCAGCAUCUCAUGCAGGUACUUGGUUACCUCAACUUUCACACAGUUGCCCACCACACUAUUAUUGGUAACCAGCUGAUUGUAAAAGGGGCCCAGAAACAGUUAGUUAAAUCUAUGCUGGAUGUAUUAAAGGGUUUGCUUCCCAAGGGCUGCUGUAAAACUAUUUCUUACAGCGAUAAAUAUGAAGAUUCUUGGCGUUGCAACUUCCUUGGAUUGCCACUGGAGAUAGCUUUACCAUACCAUAUUCUUGGCUCAGAACAGUUCCUAUUGAUGGAGAUUAUAUGUCCAAAUGAUAAGCGAGAUGACCUCAACAUGUAUGAGUUUAAGAUCAGUAGCCAGAUUACUCUUCCUGAUAAAGCUCCCAAAGUGUUAACACAAAUGGAACUGGCCUUAAGGAAUACAAAUUUAAACUAUGAAGUAAUUGAGCAGUGCUUGAUCUGUUUAAAGGAAGAAUGGAUGAACAAAGUGAAAGUAUUAUUUAAAUUCACAAAAGCUGGUGGUUGCCGGUCUGAUGAAGACACAAAAAAGUUGCUUCAAGUUGUGGGAGCAAAGGACGAAGACAAACAGUUGCUCAAAUUCUGGAUGACUGGCCUGAGUGUACAAUAUCGCAAUCACAUUUUAUCCACCUCUAUGACACACAAUAUGGCUGCAUCCUAA